AUGGUUCGUCUCGCUGCAUUUGGACUGCUGGAGCUGGCCGUCCAGACCCUCGGCGGGCUCAAUUCUCCAUAUUAUGCCAACCUGACCUGGCAGCCUGCUCGCACUUUCUCCAAUUGGGCUAAUCUUACUGUCAAGACAAACACUGGUACAUUCAUCGGAUUUCUGAAUGAUACAUACCCCAACGUUCACCAAUUCCUUCGUAUUCCAUUUGCCCAGGUGAGGAACCAACUUGCCAUCGCUAUUCCGCCAAUUGGUGAUCUCCGAUGGCUUCCUCCGCAGCAGUUGCCUCACUCGUCAAAGAAAGUUGACUCCACUCGUUAUGGCCCGGCGUGUCCACAAUUUGUCGCUUCGAGUGAUGGCAUGUUGUCGGAGUACGAACCGGCCAGUCUUCUGCUCAAUAUUGGCGAAGCCGACAACCAGGGUGCCACAGCCUGUUCUUCCGCUGAAGACUGUCUCUCACUGGCUGUUUGGACUCCCUCAUACUCCAACAAAACAUCGAAACUACCCGUUGCGCUUUUUGUAACGGGAGGUGGCGGGGUUACUGGCGGGAUUGAAGUUCCAUCUCAAUUACCCUCUCAUCCUAAUUCCAAGGCCUUGGAUGAGACCUCGCUGAGUUUGCUGGAUGUACGAGCUGCAGCUGAAUGGGUAUCGGACAACAUUGAGGCCUUUGGAGGGGACCCAGACAAUAUUAUGCUGUGGGGCCAAUCCCAAGGCGCAGCAUUAACUCACUUGUACACCCUGGCAUUCCCCGAAAACCAACUUGCGGCAAAGUUCGCGAGUAUUUCCCAGCCACCCUCGGUGACAAUCAACCUUACGGACACCGAUGAUGUCUACGAAGACUUCAAUAUCGUAGCUAAAGGGCUCGGCUGUAAUUAUGGCGAUGACUAUAAUUCCGAACUCGAAUGUCUGCGCCAGGUUUCUUUCCUUCAGAUAGAGGAGUAUAUCAACAACUACAAUGGCACUCCUUCAAUUUCAUUCACCAAUUAUAUCCCGGAUGAGAAGUACAUCUUCGCAAAUGAGACCAGGCGGUAUAUAUCCGGCCAAGUCGCACGGGGACCGCCCAUCCGGUCUGACGCCUCCAGAGAAAUGGCCACUACAGAGGAGGCGAAGGCUAUGGAAUCUGAAGGCGAAUGGGUAUGCACGGCAUAUGAUGACUCCAAGUUACGUGCGACCUUGGGGCUUGAGACCUAUCGAUACGAGUGGGCGGGCAAUUUCUCUAACAUUAGCCCGGUGCCGUAUCUUGGGGCAUUUCAUUGGUCAGACCUUUUAAUGAUCUUCGGCACCUAUAUGGUUGACGAGGGAUUGAUCUCCGAGCUUGAGCGCAAGGCCUCUCGAGAUACGACUAAUAAGACAUUCAAGCCCUUAUAUACGAUACAACUAUACCGCAACCUCUGCAGCAGCAGCCUCGGCAGAAAGAAGAACUCAUAA